AUGAGAUCCGAGAAGUCCCUGCCGCUGGCGGCGCCGGGGGAGGUCCGCGGGCCCGAGGGGGAGCCGCAGGACGCGGGAGGCUUCCCGGAGGACGGCGCGGGCGGGGGCUGCUGCAGUAGCGAGCGCCUGGUGAUCAACAUCUCGGGGCUGCGCUUCGAGACGCAGCUGCGCACCCUGUCGCUGUUCCCCGACACGCUGCUGGGAGACCCGGGCCGCCGCGUCCGCUUUUUCGACCCCCUGCGGAACGAGUACUUCUUCGACCGCAACCGGCCCAGCUUCGACGCCAUCCUCUACUACUACCAGUCGGGGGGCCGGCUGCGCAGGCCGGUCAACGUGCCCCUGGACAUCUUCCUGGAGGAGAUCCGCUUCUACCAGCUGGGCGAGGAGGCCCUGGCCGCCUUCCGGGAGGACGAGGGCUGCCUCCCCGAGGGCGGCGAGGACGAGAAGCCGCUGCCCUCGCAGCCCUUCCAGCGCCAGGUGUGGCUGCUCUUCGAGUACCCCGAGAGCUCGGGGCCCGCCAGGGGCAUCGCCAUCGUGUCCGUGCUGGUCAUUCUCAUCUCCAUCGUCAUCUUCUGCCUGGAGACUUUGCCCCAGUUCCGCGCGGACGGUCGAGGCGGAAGCAACGGCGGCGGCGGCGGGAGCAGGGUCUCCCCGGUUUCCAGGGGGAGCCAGGAGGAAGAAGAGGAAGACGACGACUUCUUCACGGACCCCUUCUUUCUGGUGGAGACGCUGUGCAUCGUCUGGUUCACCUUCGAGCUGCUGGUGCGCUUCUCCGCCUGCCCCAGCAAGCCCGCCUUCUUCCGCAACAUCAUGAACAUCAUCGACCUGGUGGCCAUCUUCCCCUACUUCAUCACGCUGGGCACCGAGCUGGUGCAGCAGCAGGGCCCGGCGCCCGCGGGCGGCGGCCAGAACGGGCAGCAGGCCAUGUCCCUGGCCAUCCUGCGGGUCAUCCGCCUGGUGCGCGUGUUCCGCAUCUUCAAGCUCUCGCGCCACUCCAAGGGGCUGCAGAUCCUGGGCAAGACGCUGCAGGCGUCCAUGCGCGAGCUGGGCCUGCUCAUCUUCUUCCUCUUCAUCGGCGUCAUCCUCUUCUCCAGCGCCGUCUACUUCGCCGAGGCCGACGACGACGACUCGCUCUUUCCCAGCAUCCCCGACGCCUUCUGGUGGGCGGUGGUCACCAUGACCACGGUGGGGUACGGGGACAUGUACCCCAUGACCGUCGGGGGCAAGAUCGUGGGCUCGCUCUGCGCCAUCGCCGGGGUGCUCACCAUCGCCCUGCCGGUGCCCGUCAUCGUCUCCAACUUCAACUACUUCUACCACCGCGAGACGGAGCAGGAGGAGCAGGGCCAGUACACCCACGUCACCUGCGGGCAGCCCGCGCCCGACCUGAAGGCGGCCGACGGCGGGCUGGGCAAGCCCGAGCUGCCCGAGGCCGCCCGGGAGCGCAGGCCCAGCUACCUGCCCCCCGCGCAUCGGAUGUACGCGGAGAAAAGGGUGCUCACGGAGGUCUGACCCCGCGGCGGGGCCCGCGCGGGGAGGGCGGCGCCGCCCGGCGAGCCACUUCCCAGGCCCCUUCUCACCGGAGCGCCCGCUGACCUCCCGACCCUUCCCUUCCCCCGUGCAUGGCACCCGAGGACCGGACACCUGGACCCGCAGCCUCGUUGCUUGGUCCCUGCGGCAUUCAAGUUCAUCCAUCUGAAGUGAGACUUUCGAAAUUCCAAUGGUGCCACCUCUUCGUGCCCAUCUCCCGUGACGUGAAUGAGAUUUCGGUCUGACUUCCCCCUCGAGAUUCUGAUGUCUCAUGUCUGAGGCUUCUAACAGCUGUGCGUACAGAGAUGUCACCAGGAUGCAGGGAAACCGGGUUAUGCCUGGGUCCUGUUUCUCUCCUUAGCGUCCUUUGCUUCGGGCAUGCGCCUGUCUUAGCCUCUGGCCAGGUGGCAACCGGCGGAAGCUGGGGGACAGAAACAGUACACUCAUCUUGCUGUUUGAAUCCCGCCCGGUAACACUUGCUGGUCAUCCUGCAGAGGACCCUCGGGUAGAGCCUUUAGCUGCACAGCCUCAAACGGAAUUAGAGAAACUGCAAUGAAACGUGGCCGCUUGGAGGGCAUUGGUGUGAGUCCUGGCCCAGAGGGGCCAAUGGAGCCUUCCAGGUGUGCUCUGGCACAGUAGACAUCAGUCUCCCCCCACCCCCACCCCGGGCUCUGAUCCCCUGACUCUCUCUAGCUUCCAGGAAGGUUCUUUCUCAGAGCCAAACACUCUAAGUGCAAGUGCCUUCCUGUGCGGAGGGACUAGGAAAAAGCAACCACAGAGCCAGCAGAAGUGGCCGAACAGAGUCAGGCAACUGGCAUGUCCACAUAUCUGAAGAGAGGUGGCACUUAAACAGAUACGGUCAUCCAGGAGGGGCAGAGGAAUCUUGUUGCCAUCCCUUACUUUCCCCCAACCUCUCCAGCCCUCCACCCUUCUUCUUGGGAAUUUGAUUUAGGACAGUUGAAGGCUUUCUAAAACAAACUCCAGCUUAAACCUGCAGACAGGUAAAAGCACACAUUGGAUGCUAGUGUGGGUGUCUUCCCAUCUUACUGGGAAUGGAAUAGGUGGUUUAGAGUAAGAAAGAAGCAUUAUUCUUUGCUGACAACCACACUGCUAGAGGUUUUUUGCUCAGUCAAGCAAACAUUCGCCCGCUCUGCCCCUCGGAGCUGCAGCCGACUUGCUCUAACCGGUAAGGUAACUUGGUGGUGUCACCACCCCAACUAAGCCAUCUCCUUCCAUCGGGAAACCCCUGCCUUCCACUUCCCCUCAUUUCUCUCCUGGUAACACUGUCAUUUGUUUGUUGCCUUGAUAAACUGUGAUGUACUGUUCUGAGCUCUUUUGGGUACAGUUCAGAAACCAAAA